AUGGAGCAGCCUGAGCAAGAAGGCCCAGGAAGGAACCCCCAAAACCCAGAGUGUAGCACUUCUCUUGCAGACCAAGCUUGCAGUCUGAGGACUUUUCAGACAAGUCAAGAGCAUAACCCGAGGAACAUUCUUCCAACAAAUUUUGGGUCGGAGAAGCUUCUUCCAAGCCCUGGCCCCAGAACCCCACCUUUACCCGUCACCCCUGGCAUACCCAGUCCCUCAGACUUGGGGCCACCCCGGAAGUUGCCCCUGACAGACGCUAAUAAGAAGUAUCCUCUGAUGAAGCAGCGUGGGUUCUACUCAGACAUCCUAAGCCCUGGAUCUUUGAGUCAACUUGGGGAAGUAUGUCGUGGCCCCCUUGUGAACCAGGACCUCCUGCGGCAGGCCGAUCUCAACAAGUUCACCCCAAAAGUCAGAACCUUCGACAUUCCCGAGGACUUUGAGGAGCUUCUGGAGCAGCAGCGCAUUGGACCCACCACCCAGUUGCUCACCCAAACUGACUUCCCGGUGCAGGCCUACGAGCCCAAGGUGCAGGUGCCCUUCCUGGUGCUGCCAGGCCAGUGCCCCCGGAAGAUUGAGAUUGAGAGGAGGAAGCGGCUGUAUCUGAGCCUGGACAUUGAGCAAUUGCUAGCCAAAGAAGGCAUCGACUCCAACAAGCUCAUGCCCAGGCACCCAGACCUCCACCAUCCCCAGACCAUCGAGCAGGGCCUUGACCCUCUCUUCCCCAUCUAUCUUCCACUGAAGGUGUUCGACAAUGAGGAGUUUGACUGCCGGACCCCCAGUGAGUGGAUCAACAUGGGCUUAGAGCCAGGGUCUCAGGAUAGAAAGCCUGUUCCUGGAAAAGCCCUCCUGCCCACUGAAGACUUUCUAGGGCAUGAGGACCCCAAGAGUCAGAAGCUGAAUUAUGCAUGGUGUAAUGUUGGUGUCCUGGACUAUGAUAAAGAGAAGAAGCUUUACCUGGUGCACAAGACAGAUGAGAAUGGCUUGGUGCGAGAUGAGAUGGGGAUGCCCAUCCUGAAUGGAGGGGUCACUGCUGAAGGCAGGCCACCCCUCCUGCUCUGCCAGUAUUGGGUGCCACGGAUCCAGCUUCUAUUCUGUGCCGAGGACCCACGCGUAUUCACGCAGCGUGUGGUCCAGGCUCAUGCCUUGCGCAAGAACACGGAAGCCCUGCUGCUGUACAACCUGUAUGUGGACUGCAUGCCCUCCGAGGGCCAGCGUGUCAUCGACGAGCAGAGCCUGAGCAGAAUCAGGCAAUGGGCCAUGAGCACGCCUAGGAUGCGGAAAGGCCCCUCAGUUGUGGAGCACCUCAGCAGUCUCUCCAAAGAAGUGAACCUGGAUUACGAGCGCAGCAUGAACAAGAUCAACUUUGACCAAAUUGUCUCCUCCAAGCCUGACACCUUCUUCUAUGUGACCCUGCCUAAGAAGGAGGAAGAGAAGGUGCCCAAACAGGGACUGGUGGAGGUCCCCAAGUACCCCUUCCUGGAGCAGAAGGAGGACUUCACCUUUGUGUCCCUGCUCACACGACCAGAGGUCAUCACAGCCCUCAGCAAGGUGCGGGCCGAGUGCAACAAGGUGACCUCCAUGUCGCUGUUCCACUCAAGCCUGUCCAAGUACAGCCGCCUGGAAGAGUUUGAGCAGAUCCAGUCACAAACCUUCUCCCAGGUGCAGUUGUUCCUCAAAGACACCUGGAUCAGCACGCUCAAGGUGGCCGUGCGCAGCAGCCUGCGCGACAUGAGCAAGGGCUGGUACAACCUCUAUGAGACCAACUGGGAGGUGUACCUCAUGUCGAAACUGCGCAAGUUGAUGGAGCUGAUCAAGUACAUGCUGCAGGACACGCUGCGCUUCCUGGUGCAGGACUCGCUCACCAGCUUCUCACACUUCAUCAACGACGCCUGUUACAGUGUGCUCGGCUGCCCAGAUGACAUGGUCUGGGGCGAAGACUUCAUCAACAGCCCCUACAGGCCCCGGAAGAAUCCCCUCUUCAUUGUGGACUUGGUGCUGGACAGCUCAGGGGUGCACUAUAGCACCCUGCCAGAGCAUUUUGAGACGUCAUUGCUCAACCUCUUUGACAAGGGCAUCCUGGCCACUCAUGCAGUGCCGCAGCUGGAGAAGCUGGUGAUGGAGGACAUCUUCAUCAGCGGCAACCCCCUGCUGGAGUCCGUGGGGCUCCACGAACCACUUGUGGAGGAGCUGCGGGCAGUCAUUGCUAACGCUGUGCACAAGGCCAUGAUCCCCCUGCAGGCCUACGCCAAGAAGUACAGAAAGUACCUGGAGCUGAACAACAACGACAUUGCCACUUACCUCAAGGACUACCAGACACAAUGCCCAUCGGCUGAGGUGGUGCGAGAGGUGGUGCUUACCCACCUACAGGAGAAGGAGAUUCUGGACAGCUCACUGCCUAGCAGCAUUGUCAUUGGGCCCUUCUACAUCAACGUUGACAAUGUCAAGCAGAGCCUGUCCAAGAAACGCAAGGCCCUGGCCACUUCCAUGCUGGACAUCCUGGCCAAAACCCUGCACCAGGAGGUGGACAAUAUCUGUGAGGAGUUCCGAAGCAUCAGCCGCAAGGUCUACGAGAAGCCCAAUAGCAUUGAGGAGCUAGCUGAGCUUCGCGAGUGGAUGAAGAGCAUCCCCGAGAAACUAGAGGAGCUAGAGGAGCGAAUUGUGAAGGUCAUGGAUGACUACCAGGUCAUGGAUGAGUUCCUUUACAACCUCAGUGUAGAUGACUUCAACGACAAAUGGGCUGCCAGCAACUGGCCUUCCAAGAUCCUUGGGCAGCUAGAGAUAGUUCAGCAGCAGCACAUAGAAGAUGAGGAGAAGUUCCGCAAAAUCCAGCUCAUGGAUCAGAACAACUUCCAGGAGAAGCUGGAAGGACUGCAGCUGGUGGUAGCUGGCUUUUCCACCCACGUGGAGAUCGCAAGAGCACAUGAGAUCGCCAAUGAGGUGCGAAGGGUCAAGAAGCAGCUGAAGGACUGCCAGCAGCUGGCCUUACUCUACAACAACCGCGAGCGCAUCUUCGGCUUACCCAUCACUAACUAUGACAAGCUUUCCAGGAUGGUGAAGGAUUUCCAGCCUUACCUGGACCUCUGGACCACAGCCUCUGACUGGCUGCGCUGGUCUGAGAGCUGGAUGAAUGACCCCCUGUCUGCCAUUGAUGCUGAACAGUUAGAGAAGAACGUCAUCGAGUCCUUUAAGACCAUGCACAAGUGCGUGAAGCAGUUCAGGGACAUUCCAGCCUGCCAGGAAGUGGCCUUAGACAUCCAGGCGCGCAUCGAGGAGUUCAAGCCAUAUAUCCCACUGAUCCAGGGGCUGCGCAACCCUGGCAUGCGGAACCGGCACUGGGAGCUACUGUCCAAUGAGAUCGACAUAAAUGUCAGGCCCAAGGCCAACCUGACUUUCUCCCGCUGUCUUGAGAUGAACCUGCAGGAUCAUAUUGAGAGCAUCAGCAAGGUGGCAGAAGUGGCCAGCAAGGAGUACGCCAUUGAGCAGGCACUAGACAAGAUGGAGAAGGAGUGGUCCACCACGCUGUUCAAUGUGCUGCCCUACAAGGAGACAGACACCUACAUCCUCAAGAGCCCAGAUGAGGCCUCACAGCUGUUGGAUGACCACAUCGUCAUGACCCAGGGCAUGUCCUUCUCACCCUACAAGAAGCCCUUCGAGCAACGCAUCAAUUCCUGGGAGAGCAAAUUGAAGCUGACUCAGGAAGUCCUGGAGGAGUGGCUGAAUUGUCAGCGUUCCUGGCUCUACAUGGAGCCCAUCUUCAGCUCUGAGGACAUCAAUCGGCAGCUGCCCAUGGAGAGCAAGCGCUACCAGACCAUGGAGCGCAUCUGGAGGAAGAUCAUGAAGAAUGUCUAUGACAACCGGGAGGUGAUCAAUGUGUGCUCUGACCAGAGGCUGCUGGACAGCCUGCGGGACUGCAACAAGCUGUUGGACUUGGUGCAAAAGGGCCUCAGCGAGUACUUGGAGACCAAGCGGAGAUCCUUCCCCAGAUUCUACUUCCUGUCUGAUGAUGAACUACUUGAGAUCUUGUCCCAGACAAAAGACCCCACAGCUGUGCAACCCCACCUUCGCAAGUGCUUCGAGAACAUCGCCCGGCUGCUGUUCCAGGAGGACCUGGAGAUCACACACAUGUACUCAGCAGAGGGUGAGGAAGUGCAGCUGUCCUUCUCCAUCUACCCGUCCAGCAGUGUCGAGGACUGGCUGCUGGAGGUGGAACACAGCAUGAAGACCAGUGUGCGGGACAUCAUCGAGAAGGCCAUCAAGGCCUACCCCACCAUGGCCAGGACCCAGUGGGUUCUCAGCUGGCCUGGCCAGGUGACCAUCGCUGGGUGCCAGACCUACUGGACUAUGGAGGUAGCAGAGGCCCUGGAGGCUGGCACCCUCAGUAACCAGUUGUUCCCCCAGCUUGGCCAGCAGCUCAAUGACCUGGUGGCCCUGGUGCGCGGAAAGCUGUCCCACAUGCAGCGGAUGGUGCUAUCAGCGCUGAUCGUCAUUGAGGUCCAUGCCAAGGAUGUGGUGAGCAAGCUGAUUCAGGAGAAUGUGGUCAGCGUGAACGAUUUCGAAUGGAUCUCACAGUUGAGAUACUACUGGACAAAUGACAACCUUUACAUCCGGGCUGUGAAUGCUGAGUUCAUCUAUGGCUACGAGUACCUGGGCAACAGUGGGAGGCUGGUGAUCACGCCCCUCACUGACAGGUGCUACCUGACCCUGACUGGGGCCCUGCACCUCAAGUUUGGGGGUGCCCCAGCUGGCCCGGCUGGCACAGGAAAAACUGAGACCACUAAAGACUUGGGCAAAGCCUUGGCUAUUCAGACUGUUGUGUUCAACUGUUCUGACCAGCUCGAUUUUAUGGCGAUGGGCAAGUUCUUCAAGGGCCUGGCCAGUGCCGGGGCCUGGGCCUGCUUUGACGAGUUCAAUCGCAUCGAUAUUGAGGUGCUGUCUGUGGUGGCACAGCAGAUCACCACCAUCCAGAAGGCUCAGCAACAACGGGUGGAACGCUUCAUGUUCGAGGGCGUGGAGAUCCCCCUUGUGCCAUCCUGUGCUGUGUUCAUCACCAUGAACCCGGGAUAUGCUGGCCGCACCGAGCUGCCUGACAACCUGAAGGCGCUCUUCAGGCCUGUGGCCAUGAUGGUUCCCGACUAUGCCAUGAUCGCUGAGAUCUCCCUCUACUCCUUUGGCUUCAAUGAUGCCAAUAUUCUGGCCAAGAAGAUCACGACCACCUUCAAGCUGUCUUCUGAGCAGCUCAGCUCCCAGGACCACUAUGACUUCGGGAUGAGGGCUGUGAAGACUGUGAUCUCAGCAGCUGGGAACCUCAAGCGAGAAAACCCCAUGAUGAAUGAGGAGCUGAUCUGCCUCCGGGCCAUCCGCGACGUGAACGUGCCAAAGUUCCUGCAGGAAGACCUCAAGCUCUUCUCUGGGAUUGUGACUGACCUGUUCCCUACCAUCAGAGAUGAGGACACUGACUACGGCAUCCUGGACAAGGCCAUUCGCAUGGCCUGUGAGAAGAAGAACCUCAAGGAUGUGGACGGCUUCCUGACCAAGUGCAUCCAGCUCUAUGAGACCACAGUGGUUCGGCACGGCCUCAUGCUCGUCGGGCCUACAGGCUCUGGCAAGAGUAAUUGUUACAGAGUCCUGGCAGCCGCGAUGACAUCGCUGAAAGGACAACCGUCCAUUAGCGGUGGUGUGUAUGAGGCCGUCAGCUACUAUGUACUCAACCCCAAGUCCAUCACGAUGGGCCAGCUGUAUGGAGAGUUUGACCUGCUCACCCAUGAGUGGACAGAUGGGAUUUUCUCCUCCCUUAUCCGGGCGGGGGCCAUAGCCUCAGACACCAGCAAGAAGUGGUACAUGUUUGAUGGGCCAGUGGAUGCCAUCUGGAUUGAGAACAUGAACACGGUGCUGGAUGACAACAAGAAGCUGUGCCUCAGCUCUGGGGAGAUCAUCAAGCUCACAGAGGCAAUGACCAUGAUGUUCGAGGUACAGGACUUGGCAGUCGCUUCACCCGCCACAGUGUCCCGCUGUGGCAUGGUGUAUCUGGAGCCCAGCAUCCUGGGGCUCAUGCCCUUUGUGGAGUGCUGGCUGAAGAGGCUCCCCGCCUUUCUCAAACCCUACGAGGAAAUGUUCAUGGGCCUCUUUGUUACCUUCCUGGAGGCCUCCAUCAUGUUCGUUCGGUCCUCGGUGAAGGAGGUAAUCGCAUCAACCAACAGCAACCUGACCAUGAGCCUCCUGAAGCUGCUGGACUGCUUCUUCACCCCCUUUCUGCCUAAAGAGGGCCUCAAGAAAGUAUCCCCUGAAAAGCUCAGUCGCAUCCCAGAGCUGAUCGAACCCUGGUUCAUCUUCUCCCUGAUCUGGAGUGUGGGUGCCACAGGGGACAGUAACAGUCGCUCCAGCUUCAACAACUGGCUCAGGCUCAAGAUGCUGAUGGAGAAUCUGACACUGUGCUUCCCAGAGGAGGGGCUGGUGUUUGAUUAUAGGCUGGACGAUGCGGGCAUCAGCAACACCAGCAAUGACGAGGAUGAAGAUGAGGAGAACAAGAAGGUUGCCUGGGUGAAGUGGAUGGACUCCUCGACUCCUUUCACCAUGAUACCAGAUACCAACUACUGCAACAUCAUUGUGCCCACCAUGGACACUGUGCGGAUGUCCUACCUGCUGGGCCUGCUGCUCACCAACAACAAGCCUGUGCUGUGCAUCGGGCCGACAGGCACGGGGAAGACCCUUACCAUCUCUGACAUGCUCCUUAAGAACUUACCAUUGAAAUACAUCAGCCACUUCCUCACCUUCUCAGCCUGUACCUCCGCCAACCAAACCCAGGAUCUCAUCGACAGCAAGCUGGACAAGAGGCGGAAGGGUGUGUUCGGGCCACCCCUGGGGCGUAACUUCAUCUUCUUCAUCGAUGACCUGAACAUGCCGGCCCUGGAGACGUAUGGCGCCCAGCCGCCCAUCGAGCUGCUGCGCCAGUGGAUGGACCACCAAGGCUGGUACGACCGCAAGACCAUCGGAGCUUUCAAGAACGUGGUGGACAUCAACUUUAUCUGUGCCCUGGGCCCCCCGGGGGGAGGCAGGAAUCCCAUCACCCCAAGAUUGACACGCCACUUCAACUACCUGUCCUUUGCUGAACUGGAUGAGAUGAGCAAGAAACGCAUUUUCUCCACAAUCCUGGGCAGUUGGAUGGAUGGACUCCUCGGAGAAAAAAGUUACCGGGAGCCUGUGCUUGGGGCCCCCAACAUCACCCACUUCACAGAUCCCCUUGUGGAAGCCACCAUCCUGGUAUACUCUACCAUCACGUCCCAGCUGCUGCCCACCCCAGCCAAGUCCCACUACACCUUCAACCUGAGGGACCUCUCCAAAGUCUUCCAGGGCAUGCUCAUGGCCGAGCCAUCCAAGGUCGAGGACAAGGUACAGCUGCUUCGACUGUGGUAUCACGAGAACUGCCGCGUGUUCCGCGACCGCCUGGUGAAUGAGGAGGACCGCGGCUGGUUUGACAAGCUCCUGGAGAUGCAGAUGGGACAGUGGGAGGUGGCCUUUGAUGAGGUCUGCCCCUUCCAGCCCAUCCUCUAUGGGGACUUCAUGUGGCCCGGCUCCGAUGUCAAGUCCUAUGAGCUCAUCACCAGUGAGAAAAAGAUGAUGCAGGUGAUCGAGGAGUACAUGGAGGACUACAACCAGAUCAACACAACCAAGCUGAAGCUGGUGCUCUUCAUGGACGCCAUGAGCCACAUCUGCCGCAUCAGCCGCACCCUUCGCCAGGCACUGGGCAAUGCGCUCCUGCUGGGCGUGGGCGGCAGCGGCCGCAGCUCCCUCACACGACUCGCCUCGCACAUGGCCGAAUAUGAGUGCUUCCAGAUUGAGCUGUCUAAGAACUAUGGCAUGACUGAAUGGCGUGAAGAUGUCAAGAGGGUCUUGCUCAAGGCUGGCCUACAAAACCUGCCCAUCACUUUCCUGUUCUCGGACACCCAGAUCAAAAAUGAGUCCUUCCUGGAGGACAUCAACAAUGUCCUGAACUCGGGUGACAUUCCAAACCUCUACAACUUGGAUGAACAGGACCAGAUUAUCACUGCCAUGCGGCCCUUGAUCCAGGAGCAGGGCCUGCAGCCCACCAAGGCCAACCUAAUGGCCACCUAUACUGGGCGUGUACGCAACAACAUCCACAUGGUGCUGUGUAUGAGCCCCAUCGGAGAGGUCUUUCGAGCUCGCCUGCGGCAGUUCCCCUCCUUGGUCAACUGCUGUACUAUUGACUGGUUUAAUGAGUGGCCUGCAGAAGCCCUGGAGUCUGUGGCCAUCACAUUCCUGAACGAGAUUCCAGGACUGGAUUCCACCAUCACUGUAAUUGAAGGAAUGGUUCAGGUUUGUGUGUAUAUCCACCAGUCGGUGGCCCAGAAGUGUACUGAGUUUCUGGCUGAGCUGGCCCGCCACAACUACGUGACCCCCAAAAGUUAUCUGGAGCUGCUCAACAUUUUCUCCUUCCUCAUUGGGCAAAAGAAACAGGAGCUGAAAACUGCCAAGAACCGUAUGAAGAGUGGCCUGGACAAGUUGCUGAGCACUUCAGAGGACGUGGCCAAGAUGCAAGAGGAACUGGAGAUUAUGCGCCCCUUACUGGAGGAGGCUGCCAAGGACACCAUGCUCACCAUGGAUCAAAUCAAGGUGGACACGACCAUUGCCGAGGAGACCCGGAAUUCAGUGCAGGCCGAGGAGAUCAAAGCCAAUGAGAAGGCCAGGAAGGCGCAAGCUAUUGCUGAUGAUGCCCAGAAGGAUCUGGAUGAGGCACUGCCAGCCCUGGAUGCAGCCCUGGCCAGCCUGCGCAACCUCAACAAGAAUGACGUGACUGAGGUGCGUGCCAUGCAGCGCCCUCCCCCUGGUGUAAAACUGGUCAUAGAAGCUGUGUGUAUCAUGAAGGGCAUAAAGCCCAAGAAAGUGCCUGGAGAGAAGCCUGGCACCAAGGUGGAUGACUACUGGGAGCCUGGCAAGGGGCUACUGCAGGACCCAGGCCGCUUCCUUGAGAGCCUCUUCAAGUUUGACAAGGACAACAUUGGGGAGGCAGUGAUCAAAGCCAUCCAGCCCUACAUCGACAACGAAGAGUUCCAGCCUGCCGCCAUCGCCAAGGUAUCCAAGGCCUGUACCUCCAUCUGCCAGUGGGUGCGCGCCAUGCACAAGUACCACUUCGUGGCCAAAGCCGUGGAGCCCAAGCGGCAAGCCCUGAGGGAGGCCCAGGAUGACCUGGAGGUGACGCAGAGGAUCCUGGAGGAGGCAAAGCAGCGCCUGCACGAGGUGGAAGAUGGCAUCUCCAUGAUGCAGGCCAAGUACCGAGAAUGCAUCACCAAGAAGGAGGAGCUAGAGCUGAAGUGUGAGCAGUGUGAGCAGCGGCUAGGCCGUGCUAGUAAGCUCAUCAACGGGCUGUCAGAUGAGAAGGUGCGCUGGCAGGAGACAGUGGAGAACCUGGAGCACAUGCUUGACAACAUUUCCGGUGAUGUGUUGGUGGCCGCUGGCUUUGUGGCCUACCUGGGCCCUUUCACGGGCCAGUACCGCACUGUGCUCUACAACAGCUGGGUGCAUCAGCUCACAGCCCACCAAGUCCCACACACUAGCGAGCCCACGCUAAUCGGAACGCUGGGAAACCCUGUGAAGAUCCGCUCGUGGCAGAUCGCUGGCCUCCCCAAUGACACACUGUCCGUGGAGAAUGGGGUCAUCAACCACUUCUCCCAGCGCUGGACCCACUUCAUCGACCCACAGAGCCAGGCCAACAAAUGGAUCAAGAACAUGGAGAAGGACAACGGACUGGAUGUGUUCAAGCUGACUGACCGUGACUUCCUGCGCAGCAUGGAGAAUGCCAUCCGCUUUGGCAAGCCCUGCCUUCUGGAGAACGUGGGCGAGGAGCUGGACCCAGCCCUGGAGCCGGUGCUGCUCAAGCAGACGUACAAGCAGCAGGGGAACACAGUGUUGAAACUGGGCGACACGGUGAUCCCUUACCAUGAGGACUUCAGGAUGUAUAUCACCACCAAGCUGCCCAAUCCACACUACACACCCGAGGUCUUCACCAAACUCACCCUCAUCAACUUCACCCUGUCGCCCAGUGGGUUAGAGGACCAACUGCUGGGUCAGGUAGUGGCUGAGGAGCGGCCUGACCUAGAAGAAGCCAAGAACCAGUUGAUUGUCAGUAACGCCAAGAUGCGCCAGGAACUGAAAGAUAUUGAAGACCAGAUCCUGUACCGGCUCAGCUCCUCUGAGGGCAACCCCGUGGAUGACGUGGAGCUCAUCAAGGUGCUGGAGGCUUCCAAGAUGAAAGCUGCUGAGAUCCAGGCCAAGGUCAGGAUUGCAGAGCAGACAGAGAAAGACAUUGACCUCACGCGCAUGGAGUACAUACCUGUGGCCGUCCGCACCCAGAUCCUCUUCUUCUGUGUGUCUGACCUGGCCAACGUGGACCCCAUGUACCAGUACUCCCUCGAGUGGUUUCUCAACAUCUUCCUCUCAGGCAUCACCAACUCAGAGAGGGCAGACAACCUAAAGAAGCGCAUCACCAACAUCAACCGCUAUCUGACCUACAGCCUCUAUUGCAAUGUCUGCCGCAGCCUCUUUGAGAAGCACAAGCUCAUGUUCGCCUUCCUGCUGUGUGUCCGCAUCAUGAUGAAUGAGGGCAAGAUCGACCAGAGUGAGUGGCGCUACCUCCUGUCUGGGGGCUCCAUCCAGACCAUGACUGAGAACCCUGCACCAGAUUGGCUCUCAGACAGAGCCUGGAGAGACAUCCUGGCCCUGUCGAACCUGCCAGCCUUUUCUUCCCUCACCUCUGACUUUGUGAAGCACCUCUCAGAAUUCCAGGCCAUCUUUGACAGCCCUGAGCCCCACCGGGAGCCCUUGCCUGGCAUCUGGGACCAGUACUUGGACCAGUUCCAGAGGUUGCUGAUCCUCCGCUGCCUACGUGGGGACAAGGUUACCAAUGCCAUGCAGGACUUUGUGGCCACCAACCUGGAGCCACGCUUCAUUGAGCCCCAGACAGCAAACCUAUCACUGGUGUUCAAAGACUCCAACUCCACCACCCCCCUCAUCUUUGUGCUGUCCCCUGGCACUGACCCUGCUGCCGACCUCUACAAGUUUGCCGAAGAGAUGAAGUUCUCCAAGAAACUCUCUGCCAUCUCUCUGGGCCAGGGUCAGGGUCCUCGGGCAGAAGCCAUGAUGCGCACCUCCAUAGAGAGGGGCAAGUGGGUCUUCUUCCAGAACUGCCACCUGGCACCAAGCUGGAUGCCAGCCCUUGAGCGUCUCAUUGAGCACAUCAAUCCCGACAAGGUACAUCGCGACUUCCGUCUGUGGCUCACCAGCCUGCCCAGCAACAAGUUCCCAGUGUCCAUCCUGCAGAAUGGCUCCAAGAUGACCAUUGAACCACCACGUGGUGUCAAGGCCAACCUCCUCAAGUCUUACAGCAGCCUCAGCGAUGACUUCCUCAAUUCAUGCCACAAGGUGAUGGAGUUCAAGUCCUUGCUGUUUUCCCUGUGCCUGUUCCAUGGGAAUGCACUUGAGCGCCGCAAGUUUGGGCCCCUGGGCUUCAAUAUCCCGUACGAGUUCACAGACGGGGACCUGCGCAUCUGCAUCAGCCAGCUCAAGAUGUUCCUGGACGAGCAUGAAGAUAUUCCCUACAAGGUCCUCAAGUACACGGCUGGGGAGAUCAACUAUGGGGGCCGCGUCACAGACGACUGGGACCGCCGCUGCGUGAUGAACAUCCUAGAGGACUUCUACUGCCCCGCGGUGCUCUUUCCCGAACACAGCUACAGCGCCUCCGGCAUCUACCACCAGAUCCAGCCCACCUACGACCUCAACAGCUACCUGUCCUACAUCAAGAGUCUCCCACUCAACGACAUGCCUGAGAUCUUUGGCCUGCAUGACAAUGCCAACAUCACCUUCGCCCAGAAUGAGACUUAUGCCCUGCUCGGUGCCAUCAUUCAGCUGCAACCCAAAUCAUCCUCUGCGGGUGGCCGAGGCCGGGAGGAGAUAGUAGAGGAAAUGGCACAAAACAUUCUGCUGCAGAUGCCUGAGUCCAUCAACCUGAAGCUGGUGAUGACCAAGUACCCUGUGUUGUAUGAGGAGUCAAUGAACACAGUGCUAGUGCAGGAGGUCAUUCGGUACAACCGGCUGCUGCAGGUGAUCUCACAGACGCUAAGAGACCUGCUGAAAGCACUGAAGGGGCUGGUAGUGAUGUCCUCACAGCUGGAGUUGAUGGCUGCCAGCCUGUACAACAACACUGUGCCUGAACUCUGGAAGGUCAAGGCCUACCCAUCACUCAAGCCACUCUCCUCGUGGGUCAUGGACCUGCUGCAGCGCCUGGACUUCCUGCAGAGCUGGAUCCAAGGGGGCAUCCCUGCUGUCUUCUGGAUUAGUGGCUUCUUCUUCCCCCAGGCUUUCCUGACAGGCACCCUGCAGAACUUUGCUCGAAAGUCUGUCAUCUCUAUUGACACCAUCUCCUUCAAUUUCCAGGUGAUGAGUCAGAGUGUGUCAGAGCUGAAGACAAGGCCUGAGGAAGGAUGCUACAUCCAUGGACUGUUCCUAGAAGGUGCCCGCUGGGACUCUGUGACCUUCCAGCUGGCGGAGUCCCGGCCCAAGGAGUUAUACACAGAGAUGGCUGUUAUCUGGCUCCUGCCAGUACCCAACCGCAAGAUCGAGGAACAGAACUUUUACCUGUGCCCCAUCUAUAAGACUCUGACCCGAGCUGGAACACUAUCAACUACAGGCCACUCCACCAACUACGUCAUUGCUGUGGAGCUCCCCACCAAGCUGCCCCAGAGACACUGGAUAAAGCGUGGCGUGGCUCUGAUCUGCGCCCUGGACUACUAGACUCAGAUGGGCUGGGGGCAU